GCGGUCUGUUCAUCAGAAACACUGAUCAGGAGUACACUGCCUUUCGUUUGGCAAUCUUCCUGCACAACACCAGCCCGAACGCCUCGGAAGCCCCGUUCAACCUGGUGCCUCAUGUGGACAACAUCGAGACGGCCAACAGCUUCGCCGUCACCAACGCCUUCUGCUCCCAGUACUCCCGCGUGUCUUCGCCAUCUUCGGCCCUGUACGACAAGCGCUCGGUCCACACGUUGACGUCCUUUCUGCAGCGCCCUGCACAUCUCCUCAUCACGCCGAGCUUCCCCACGGAGGGUGAGAGCCAGUUCACCCUGCAGCUCCGGCCGUCCAUCCGGGGGGGCCUGCUGUCACUCCUCGACCACUACGACUGGAACAAGUUCGUCUUCCUGUAUGACACUGACAGAGGAUAUGCCAUCCUGCAGGCCAUCAUGGAGAAGGCCGGACAAAACAACUGGCAGGUCAGCGCCAUCUGCGUCGAAAACUUCAACGACGCCAGUUACCGACGACUCCUGGAGGACCUGGACCGGAGACAGGAGAAGAAGUUUGUGAUUGACCUCGAGGCGGAGAGACUGCAGAACAUGCUGGAACAGAUUGUCAGCGUCGGGAAACAUGUCAAAGGCUACCAUUACAUCAUGGCCAACCUGGGUUUUAAGGACAUCAACCUGGAGCGCUUCAUGCACGGCGGAGCCAACGUCACAGGCUUUCAGCUGGUCGACUUCAGCAACCCCAUGGUCAUCAAGCUGAUGCAGCGCUGGAACAAGCUGGAUCAGAGGGAGUACCCGGGCUCGGACGCCCCGCCCAAGUACACCUCCGCUCUGACAUACGACGGCGUGAUGGUGAUGGCGGAGGCUUUCAGGAACCUCCGCAGGCAGAAGGUCGAUAUUUCCAGACGGGGGAAUGCCGGCGACUGUCUCGCCAACCCCGCCGCCCCGUGGAACCAGGGCAUCGACAUGGAACGCACCCUCAAACAGGUCCGGUUGCAGGGAUUAACAGGUAAUGUCCAGUUUGACCACUAUGGCCGCAGGGUCAACUACACUAUGGACGUGUUUGAACUGAAGAAUAAUGGACCGAGACGGAUCGGCUACUGGAACGACGCAGACAAACUGGUCCUGAUCCAGGACUCUCCGCUGCUUCCAAAUGACACUUCUGGCAUUGAGAACCGCACUGUUGUAGUCACUACCAUCAUGGAGGGUCCCUAUGUGAUGCUUAAGAAGAACUGGGAGAUGUUUGAGGGCAACGACCAGUACGAGGGCUACUGCGUGGACCUGGCCUCGGAGAUCGCCAAACACAUCGGCAUCAAGUACAAAAUCUCCAUCGUUCCCGACGGGAAGUACGGCGCCAGGGACCCGGAGACGAAGAUCUGGAACGGCAUGGUCGGGGAGCUGGUGUACGGGAAAUCGGGAAAUCCGCUGUGCCCUUUAAUCAGUUGGUUCCGGGAAAGGGUAUCGAAUUUCUCCAAGCCCUUUUUCAUGUCGGCUUGUGAUUUUCCCAUCAUUAGAUCAAAAAGGCCCCACCAAAAAAGUCCAAACCAGGGGUGUUCUCCCUUUCCUUGACCGGUUGCCUACGGCACGAUCUGGAUGUGCAUCGUGUUCGCCUAUAUCGGCGUGAGCGUGGUGCUCUUCCUGGUCAGCCGCUUCAGCCCGUACGAAUGGCACACCGAGGAGCCCGAAGAGGGCACCGACGGUCAGCCAAGCGACCAGCCCCCCAAUGAGUUUGGUAUCUUCAACUCGCUCUGGUUCUCCCUGGGCGCCUUCAUGCAGCAGGGCUGCGACAUCUCCCCCAGGUCGUUAUCGGGUCGAAUUGUGGGAGGAGUGUGGUGGUUCUUCACUCUCAUCAUCAUCUCGUCCUACACGGCCAACCUGGCGGCCUUCCUCACUGUGGAGAGGAUGGUUUCGCCCAUCGAGAGCGCCGAGGAUCUGGCCAAGCAGACGGACAUCGCCUACGGCACUCUGGACUCGGGGUCGACCAAAGAGUUCUUCAGGGUGAGUUGCGCUCAAAAAAUUGCCGUCUACGAGAAGAGGUUUGGUGCACAUUUGAAGUCGGCCGAGCCACGGUCUUGCACCAGACACGGCCGACGGGUGGCGCGUCGCAAGUCAGAAGGGAAGUACGCCUUCCUGGCUGGUAGCCCACCUCCUAUUGACGAGGUAACAACGACAGGCGCAAGGCCGCUGCGACCACCCAUGAAAGGUCGGACGGCAAACCUUGGACUUCCAUAAGGCUACGGCGUUAGCUACACCAAGCGCUCAAAGCGGGGGGAGCCCCUCUCGUCCUCCGCUUUGUCACUUUGUGAAAAAGGAGUCUUGACCAAACUGAAAAAACAAUGGUGGACGAUAAGGGAGUGUGGACAGGACUCGGGAAGUAAGGACAAGUCGUCCCAGGCCCUCAGUCUGAGCAACGUGGCGGGGGUCUUCUACAUCCUCGUCGGGGGCCUGGGCCUGGCCAUGCUGGUGGCACUCAUUGAAUUCUGCUACAAGUCACGCAACGAGGCCAAGAGAAUGAAGCUAACAUUUACAGAAGCCAUGAGGAACAAGGCGCGUCUGUCCAUCACAGGCAGCGUCGGGGAGAACGGACGGGUGCUGACACCCGACUGUCCCAAGGCCGUCCACACCGGGCCUCCCCUCCGCCAGAGCUCCGGCCUCGCCCUGGUCUCCUCUGAGCUCCCGUGAAAACCAAAAACCUCUCAAGUGCCUUAUUGCCAAUAACAAGAGAACAAAAAACAACAAAAACAAUAAUCACACAUACACACCGCCCACGAAACAAAACCUAGAAACUAAUCACAAAGAAACAGGAUUCGCACACCCAACAGGUCACCUCCAGUGGGGGGUGAGACGGGACCGACGGAGGACGCAAACAACAACAAACCCCCCCCAACCACCCCUUCUCCCUGCCCCUUCUCCUCGCCAACUGUUAGAGGUCAUGACUUCCUGUUGUGGCUCGAUGACUUCUUCAUCUCAGAAACACGUGGGAAAAAAACAAUCUCGAUUUGUGUGGCCACGUGGGAGUUCGAAUCAAAAAGGGUAAACUGGGGGAAUCUCGCCGGGAGCCACCUUUUUACCGCUGCGGCGUCGGAAGAGGAACCUGGAAAUGGCGAGGAUGGAAUAAUAUCAUAAUAUAUGAUAAUAAAAAAAAAGACGAAGACCAGAAAACUGUAAACUUGAAACUGAACUGUGCAUUUUUUUUGUUUUUUUUGUUGUUGUUGUUGUUGUUGUUGGGGAUUUGCUGUGAAUUUGGCAAAAAGAAAAACUGAACCACAAUCAAGAUUGUUUUAAAAAAAACAAAACUGUGUUUUUUUGCCGGUGGCGUUCGAGAGAGACGACGAUCUCACUAGAUAUCAACGAGCGACGCUGGGAGAGUUGUAGCUCGGCGCUAUUGUGGAGACGACGACGAAUAAUAUUUGUAUUCAUAAUAACAAUGAGGAUUAUAAAAAUAAAUAAAAUCUAUUGAUAUUGAAUAUAUGAGCAAAACAUAGGAAACUGUGAAAAUAAGUAAAUAUGUAUAUUCAGUGAAAAACAAAAUGAAGAAUUUUAGCUGUACAUAAAAAAAGGGACAACUGUGUAAAACAUGCUUGCUUUUUAAAACAGAUGUACAUACUGUAGUGGACUUUUUUUUGUUUUUGUUUUUGUAAAUCAUUAUAAAGAUUUUAAUUCAUCGCAAUAAUGACAAAAAAAAAAGAUGGAAGAGAUUUGUGUUGAAUAAAAACUGUAUUAUAUAGGAACAUUUCAGAAUAAAAAAAACUCUUAAUGUGAAGGGGUAUCGACUGCCCGAAAUACUCUGAUACCUGUGACAUACAAAUUCAUUAAUAUACUCAACGAUGAAUGUUUUAAAGUAGCUCCACCCCCAAUCCUUAAGAAACCACAACCCUCACUGUGCAGACGUUAGACCCAGACCAGUCGCUCCAAGUAGAGCUUUAUAAUAAAAUAAUAAAUCAAGUUUCUGCAGUCAGAAUAAUAAACUAUUUUUUUCAUUCUUUGAUUCUAUUUUUUGUACUGAGAAAUUUAAAAAAAAACAACAACAAAAAAACUGUUUGUCUCCUGGUUUUAAAACGUCGACAGUCAAAACUAUCUGGGUAGACCCUUUUAGAUAUGUGUGUGUGUGUGUGUGUGUGUGUGGAGAGAGAGAGAUCCCCCCCCCCCAUAAAAAAACGAGGAUGCGAAAUUUGGGAAAAACAACAAAAAAACUAUUAAUAAAUAAAUAAAUUCCUUCUCGCUAUGUGUUAUUUGAAGUGUUGAUAUGUUGGACAAUGAUUAGUGGCCCCCUUUAUUCCCCCUUUAAUUCAAACACUGUGGAUCCUGCAGGGGGGAGGCUGUACACACUGUAGCAGACAUGUAUUCGCUCACUUGUUUUUGUUUGUUUGUGUGUUUGUUUGUUUGUUUUUUUGGGGACAAAAAUGGGAGGGGACAACCUGCAAUAGGAUACAAGACGCCGCAUCUUCAUCAGCAACCGCCGCCCUCCUCAUCUGGUUUUGGUUGGACGAAGAAACCAGCUGAAAUAUUUCAGGUCAUGCCUUCUUUUUUUUUUUGUUGUCCUGCCAUACCGUCCUUAGAGCUGAAGUGUAAUAAUGGCGUCUUAUUUUAUCUUUAUUUUGAUCUUUUUUAAGU